AUGGACGACGUUUGCAUAGACAGCGUCGCCAGUAGGCAAAAGCAGGCCGACCUGUAUGCGAGCCUGGCGGCGAUGGGGUAUGACCUGGAGAAGGGGUGGAGCGCCAUUGUCUCCAUUCGUCGUGCGGGCAACAGCGCGGGAACCAAGGACACUUACUAUUGGAGCCCUCAAGGCAAGAGAUUUCGUUCAAAGAAAGAGGUGGCGGCUUUUCUUGGGCUCGUUGCUGGCGGCAAGGCUAAGGAGCUCGCCGUCCUGGAGAAAGUCGGCAAGAGGGAUCCCGACCCUCUGUACAGGCCCUUCAAGCGGCACCACUCAGAGCGGUCCCUCCAGGAACUGAGCGGGGUCUCUGACGGCGGCAAGCCGUGGAAGCGCAAGUGCCGCAGCAUCCUCAACGCCCUCAUGGCGCACAGGUACUCGUGGCCCUUCAUGGCCCCCGUGAAGAAGAGCGAGGCCCCGGGGUACUAUGACGUCAUACUCCAGCCUAUGGACAUCGGCACGGUCAUGGCGCGCCUCGAGUCGGACCUUUACCAGACCGCGGAGGACAUGCAGCUGGACACCAACCUGGUCUGGUCAAAUGCCAAGAUCUAUAACCAUAAGGGUGAUGCCAUAUACAAGAUGGCCGAGGAGCUGCAGGCGCUCUUCCAGCGGCUGUGGUACGAGCGCUUCGCCCCCGGCCAGGAGGCCACCGGCGGCAGGUCGCCCCCUCCUGAAGGCCCGGCCGAGGAUGCGGAGUGGGGCGGCCACACGGGCAACGGGGCGCGCAACGGCGUGGGCAACGGCGCGGGCAACGGCGCGAGCAAUGGCGCGGGCAACGGCGCGGGCGCGUCCGAGAGCGCGUCUGGCGCCUCUGACGACGACGAUGAGGAGGGCGCCAACCUCCUGCACGCGCUCGCGCUGAUCGCCGCGGGGGAGAUGCCGUCACCCAGCAGCGCAGCGCCGGCCAAGGGCCGGAGGGGCCAACGCCGGCGCGAGGGAGGCGACGGCGGAGGGGAGGAAGGGACGGAGCAGCAGCAUUUUGAGGCGCGCGAAGCGAAACGUGAGGAGGGCAGCCAGGGGGAGCGAGAGGAGGCUGAGCCGAGGGCGGCUGAGGGGGCGUCACAGGCCAACGGCGGCUCUCGAGCGCCUGCGGGUCGCGCCCGGCGGAAGCGCCGCUCCAGCUCGUGUUCUGAGGCGUGCGGCUCUGAUGGCGGUGUUGAGCACACGGAGCGGAGUCGGGACCAGGACAGGCAUGUGGUGGCUGGAUGCCAGCAGCAGCAGCAGCAGCAGCAGCAGCAGCAGCAGCAGCAGCAGCAGCAGCGGCACCGGCAGCAGCAGAAGCAGGAGCAGGAGUGCCGGCGGCACCAAGAGGAGUGCCCCGCGGAGGACUGCGAUGCGGCAGUACACGCUGCAGCCGUUCCCGAGGCCGAGGGUGCAGCCGCUGCUGCCAUGGCGGCGGCCGCAGUGGUUGCAGCGGUACAGGCGUCGACGGCCAACGGGAACGUUGGCAUGGAUGGCAGCAGCACUGAUGAGAUGGAGGUUGAUGGGGCCAAGCAGCAGGAGCAGCCGAAACAGCAGCCCAAGGAAGGACCGGAGGACGCGACCACAACUAGUGCAGGUGGCAAGCCACAGCCAAUGUGUGUGGACAGCAGCGAGCAGCUGGGGCAAGCUGCGGCAGCUGAGGCUGCUGAUAUGCUGCACAAGCCAGAGCCAGCGCAGGGGGAGUCGCAGGAGGAGCCAACUCGGGAGGAAGGGGAGCGGCGGGCACAGGCAAGCGAAAUGCCGCAUGAACAGCAGCAGCAACAGCAGCGGCAGCAGCAGUGGCAGCAGCAGCAGCAGGAGAAGGAACAGGCGGCUCAUGCCUUGCCAGCUGCGACUGCAGGAGCAGAGGCCUGCUCGCAAUUCGCGGUGGUUGACGAUGCCUGUUUGGCCCAGGCCACCACAGGAAACAGUCGUGGGGGCGCGGCAGCUGCAGGUUGCGCACCCCAGCAGCCCGCUAGCCCUGCAGGAGGCACAGGGCCCAACCCCUCGGCUGAAGUCGCGCUCCAACCACCAGCUGCGCCGCAGCAGCAGCAGCAGCAACAGCAGCAGCAGCAGCAGGAGCAGCAGCGGCCGCUCCAGCAGGAGCAGCGACCACAGCCGCAGCAGGAGCAGCGACCACAGCCGCAGCAGGAGCAGGGGGCGGAGCAGCGAGCCACCUGCGUAGCAGACAAGUGGUCAAACCCCACGCCAAGCCCCGCAACGUCUCCACCAGAGGUGAAGGCAGCAGCAGGCUCAGCGGCAACAGUGGAGGGCGCAACCCCCACGCUCGCGACGGAGCUGCCCGAUGCAGCGCGCAUGGGCCAUGGCCUGCCUGCAGGCGCGUCGGCUCGCAGGCCAGCCGAUUUUGGUGGUGGUGCAGCGGGGACCGUGCUGCCGGUCUGCACUGUCAUUGCCAAUGGCGUCCCUGGGCCCUGUGCGCCGGCGGUGGCGAUGCACCCGGCAGCAGAGCACCUGCUGCCCAGUGCGAAUGUGAAGUGA